GACUAAUCUUUCCCUUGUCUUUGGUUUUCUUCAUUCUCAACUUGCUUCAUUACAGGUUGGGACCAGUGGAGUACCUUAGAUGGCCACUUACUGGACACCAAGAUUUUGAUGAACACUUUUAGCUAUAUCAGUUUUUAGAGACUUGUUAAUAUCUUUAUUUUUGUGUUUGUAAAAAUUGACUUUUUAUGUAAAGAAAUAAUAAAACUAUGGAAAAAAAUAUAAAAACUGUGUGUGGCCUGAAGUGAGAGCUGCCUUCUCAAAACUCACUGUUUUCAUUUUAAGAGAACUUUAUAAUUAGUAGUUUACUGACUUGGCUUAGCGGUCGUUACUUGGAAAUAAAGAUGUGUCUUGCUGUGUUAUAGGGCACCUUCAUGUGGCAACACUGGUGUCAUUCAUACUGUUGGAUAUCUGGCUGCUAAAAUUAAUCGGUCUAUGAAAUAUUUGAAACUAAAAAGAUUUUCUGAUCUUAUAGAUAGUUGAAGUUGUUGAUAACACCAAGGAAAUCUGUCACAAUUUGAAAAGAUAAGCAAAAAUUUGGUUUCCAGACACUACAGAAAAAGAAGUAAAAAUGAGUGCUAGAGUUUCUUCUUUGACAUAUCUGGUGUCAGAUGCGGGAUUUCGAAGGUGCAUUGCCUUCAGCGACCCCCGAGGAAUCGAGGCUGCACGAACUCUCGGGCGUCGUCGCAAGCGUCCGGUGCGAAUUUUUGUGAAUGAUGAUCGCCAUGUGAUGGCAAAACAUUCUUCUGUUUAUCCAACCCAAGAGGAACUGGAAGCUGUUCAGAACAUGGUGUCCCACACUGAGCGAGCUCUCAAAGCUGUGUCGGACUGGAUAGAUGAACAGGAGAAAGGAAGCAGUGAGAAUGCCGAGUCCGAGAACAUGGAUGUGCCCCCAGAAGACGAGACCAAAGAAGGGGCCGGAGAACAGAAGACAGAGCACAUGACCAGGACCCUGCGGGGUGUGAUGCGUGUUGGCCUCGUGGCGAAGGGCCUCCUGCUCAAGGGGGACUUGGAUCUGGAGCUGGUGCUGUUAUGUAAGGAGAAGCCCACCACUGCUCUCCUGGAUAAGGUGGCUGACAACCUGGCCAUCCAGCUUGCUGCUGUUACAGAAGACAAGUAUGAAAUACUCCAAUCUGUCGAUGAUGCUGCGAUUGUAAUAAAAAACACAAAAGAGCCUCCAUUGUCCCUGACCAUCCACCUGACAUCCCCUGUUGUCAGAGAAGAAAUGGAGAAAGUACUAGCUGGAGAAACGCUAUCAGUCAACGAUCCCCCGGACGUUCUGGACAGGCAGAAAUGCCUUGCUGCCUUGGCGUCCCUUCGACACGCCAAGUGGUUCCAGGCCAGAGCCAAUGGGCUGAAGUCCUGUGUCAUUGUCAUCCGGGUUCUGAGAGACCUGUGCACCCGCGUGCCCACCUGGGGUCCCCUCAGAGGAUGGCCUCUUGAGCUUCUCUGUGAGAAAUCCAUCGGCACGGCCAACAGACCCAUGGGUGCUGGUGAGGCCCUCCGAAGAGUGCUGGAGUGCCUGGCGUCGGGAAUCGUGAUGCCAGAUGGUUCUGGCAUUUAUGACCCUUGUGAAAAAGAAGCCACUGAUGCUAUUGGGCAUCUAGACAGACAGCAACGGGAAGAUAUCACACAGAGUGCGCAGCACGCACUGCGACUUGCUGCUUUUGGCCAGCUCCAUAAAGUCCUGGGUAUGGACCCUCUGCCUUCUAAGAUGCCCAAGAAACCAAAGAAUGAAAACCCAGUGGACUACACCGUUCAAAUCCCUCCCAGUACCACCUAUGCCAUUACACCCAUGAAACGCCCAAUGGAGGAAGAUGGGGAAGAGAAGUCUCCCAGCAAGAAGAAGAAGAAGAUUCAGAAGAAAGAAGAGAAGGCAGAGCCUCCCCAAGCUAUGAAUGCUUUGAUGAGAUUGAACCAGCUGAAACCCGGGCUGCAGUACAAACUGGUUUCCCAGACCGGGCCAGUCCACGCCCCCAUUUUCACAAUGUCUGUCGAGGUAGACGGGAAUUCAUUCGAGGCCUCGGGGCCAUCCAAAAAGACCGCCAAGCUGCAUGUGGCUGUUAAGGUGUUACAGGACAUGGGCUUGCCGACAGGCGCUGAAGGCAGGGACUCGAGCAAGGGGGAGGACUCAGCCGAGGAGACAGAAGCGAAGCCAGCGGUGGUGGCCCCUCCCCCCGUGGUGGAAGCUGUCUCCACCCCCAGUGCUGCCUUCCCUGCAGAUUCCACCGCUGAGAACGUAAAACAGCAAGGGCCGAUCCUAACCAAGCAUGGCAAGAACCCUGUCAUGGAACUGAAUGAAAAGAGGCGCGGCCUCAAGUACGAACUCAUCUCAGAGACAGGGGGGAGCCAUGACAAGCGCUUCGUCAUGGAGGUGGAGGUGGAUGGGCAGAAGUUUCAAGGUGCUGGAUCAAACAAAAAGGUUGCAAAGGCAUAUGCUGCCCUCGCUGCACUAGAAAAGCUUUUCCCUGAUGCCCCUCUUGCCCUUGAUGCAAACAAAAAGAAGAGAGCCCCAGUACCCGUCCGAGGGGGACCUAAAUUUGCUGCUAAGCCACAUAACCCUGGGUUUGGAAUGGGAAGCCCCAUGCACAAUGAAGUGCCCCCGCCCCCAAACCUUCGUGGUCGGGGAAGAGGAGGGAACAUCCGUGGACGAGGGCGAGGCAGAGGAUUCGGCGGUGCCAACCACGGAGGCUACAUGAAUGCUGGAGCUGGGUAUGGAAGCUAUGGAUACGGAGGCAACUUGGCAACAGCAGGCUACAGUCAGUUCUACAGCAACGGAGGGCAUUCUGGGAAUGCUGGUGGUGGCGGCGGCGGGGGCGGUGGUGGCUCUUCUGGCUACAGUUCCUACUACCAAGGUGACGACUACAACUCACCAGUGCCCCCGAAACACGCAGGGAAGAAGCAGCCGCACGGGGGCCAGCAGAAGCCCUCCUAUGGCUCUGGCUACCAAUCCCACCAAGGCCAACAGCAGUCCUACAACCAGAGCCAGUACAGCAACUACGGCCCCCCCCAGGGCAAACAGAAAGGCUACAAUCAUGGACAAGGCAACUACUCCUCCUACUCAAACUCCUACAACUCCCCCGGGGGCGGGGGUGGAUCAGACUACAACUACGAGAGCAAAUUCAACUACAGUGGUAGUGGAGGCCGAAGCGGCGGGAGCAGCUACGGCUCAGGCGGGUCGUCCUACAACCCAGGGUCACAUGGGGGCUACGGCGGAGGUUCUGGGGGCGGCUCCUCAUACCAAGGCAAACAAGGCUACUCGUCACAGUCGAACUACAACUCCCCCGGGUCCGGCCAGAACUACAGCGGCCCCCCCAGCUCCUACCAGUCAUCACAGGGCGGCUAUGGCAGAAACGCAGACCACAGCAUGAACUACCAGUACAGAUAAACCCCCUCCCAGUGGGGUGAAGAAUUGUACCGUCCUUACACCCCAUCGGAAGAUUCAGUUUUUUGCAUCACAGUUAACAUGUCAACCAGCCCUUCUAGGCCCUCUCGCCUUCCCCCUCCCUGGUUCCACGUUGCCGUGUUGUGAGGUGCAGCUGGUCAUUCCCGUGACCCGUCCUGUGACCCAUAUUUAGCCGUGUUUGGGACUCCGUGUCUUCAAUGGUUUGUUAGUUACCAUCACAACUUUGUCCGAGUAGAGUUUUUGAGUUCUUGCAGUUAAGUAUUCCUCUGUCUAUUUACAAUUGGUGUUAGUGUUAACUCAGUUUGUCUUUAAAUAGUUACAGAAGGGAUACAACAUCUGUUAAUGCUUUUGUGAAGUGAGUUAAAUGAGCUUUCUGUAUUUUAAUGCUUCAGUGUUUCAGUUUUAUAAGUGAAGAUUUUAUUUUAAAAACCAGUGGGAAGGAGUGGGGUUUUUUUUUGUAUGUUUGGAUCAUUCAGGCAGUAAAUCUGAAUUAAGCUGAAUGUAGACAAAUAAAAGAAAACUCUAUGCCCGUCGUAGGCCUGGGCAUCUGACCCGCUGGCAGCGUCAUGGGCAGAGUCCUUGGCUUCGUCCCGCCCAAGGGAAGGCGGGCUGCGGGGGUGUUGGGACAGCAGCUAGUCCCUGGUCAGGAGACAGGGUUUGCCUACAGGCGUCUCUAUGCCUUUAGUCUAAGGCUGGGAAGGGCCAGCACCUCAGUAUAGGGGCUCCCCGUCAGCCCAGGCAGGCCCAGAAGGAACUGUGGUCUUCUGGACUCCGUGUUCCAGCUUGUGCCGCAGCUCUCCCCUACCAGUGGUCUGGCGGUUGAAGUCUGAUCACAAAAUUCAGGCACAUACUGUUUUCUGCUCUGUGAAUCCCCUUGUGGUUUCACAUGCAAUUGUCACGUCACCGUAGAGUAAAAGUUCCUCAUAGGCUUGGUACUUCGGUGGUAGGUGUAGCCUGACUUGAGAAGGGCAGAUUGAGUCUGGCUCAAGCCCUGCAGGAUCUGGGCAACACUAACAUGGAUCUGUCUGUGCUGCAGCCACAGCCUUGUCUCCGCAGGGCUGUCCUAACCAGAGGGUCACGCUGGGGCAUGCCCAGCCCUGUGCUAGUGGUUCUCAACCUGGGCAGUUUUGCUCCCCAGAGGACAGUUUGCAAUGUUUGGGGGACAUUUGUCACAGCUAAGCAGUGUUCCUGGCAUCUGGAGAAUAGAUGAUCCUGCAGAUCUCUGCACAGAAGAACCCCCACCGCAAAGAACCUUCUGUGUCAAAAUGUUGACAGUGUGGAGGAGGAAAAGUCCUAGCCUGGAGCAGUGCUCUUCAACUCAGUCUGCCUUGUAGACGGAGGUGGCAGUGGCUCUUGGAUUGGCCUUCACCCAGGCCUGGGACUACACCUUUGUACCCUGGGCCGCCCUUUAGGGUCUCUUCCCAGCUUGCCAGCUGCCUGUGGCCUCAGUCACCUCUACGUCUUCUCAGACCAGGCGCCAUUCUGGGCCCAGUGGCCUAGGCCACCCCCUGGCCUCAUGUUUGGUUAACCAUGGCCAUCAGAAGUAAGGACCAUUUUUUCUCGGGAUCGUUCAGCUGAUGGAGAAAAUCAGAUGUGCCUUCAAAGGAUGAAAUUGGUCUUCUUGGAGAGGUGAAAGGAAGAAUUCUGCGCUAAAGGAAAAUUGGAGGAGUUCUGCUAGACCAGAGGAGGCCCCAGAUGCCUAAGGGCCCUGCACGGGACAAGACAGGAGCUGUGCAGAACUGACAGGCGGUCCACAGCAUUCAAGUCAGCCUGAAGCCUCCUGCGAUCUCUGGGCCUUUGAUGGAAAGUGUCCAUUACCCAUUUCCUCUCCCAGACAUGUCCAGGGGCUGGGACAAGAAGAGGCCCCCCCCCCCGGAGGAGAGAAUGGGUACCUUGUGUUUGAGACAAAAGGAUACAGGAGGGAACCGAGUCACUCAGCAACCUGGGGAGCAGCACCCUGCCCCGCCUGCUAAAUACCUUCAAACUGGACAAGCGCUGGUAUUCUCAACGUUGGCAUCCCGUAUAGUCCGUUUCCUAAGCAGUGACUACCACCAGCCCCUUCUGAAUGCAGAGACACAGGAACAGAGUGGGAGAGGCUGUCCCUUCAGUCUUGACCUGGAGACAAGUCCUCAGGGUGCCUGGACUUGGCAGUGGAGUCUUCUGUCCUGGGUGGCUUGUCCCACUGAGCAGACUGCCUGUCUGAGUCCACGGGCCUGGCCCACAUCUCUCUGAGGGCCAAGAAGAGUUUUAUCAACCUGAAAGAGGAUGUUCAGGCAUUGGGCAGUAUGAGAGGAAGCAGGUCACAGCCCCGAACCAGGAGUACAUGAGCACGAUUGUAAACAGCAAUCUGUCCUCUUGAGUUCUGGAGGCCUUCUAGUCCGAAAUCAAACCAUUGGCCAGGCUGGUUCCUUCUGGAGUUGCUGAGGGAAAAUCCAUUCUCUGCUUCUGGUGGCUGUGGGCAACCCUUGGUGUUCCUUGACUUGCAGCUGCAUCACUCCAGUCUGCUGGUUUUCACGUGACCUUCCACCUGUGUGUUUCUGUGUCUCAAUUUCUAAGAAUGACAUCUUAAUUAAAUCUUCAAAGACCCUAUGUCCAAAUAAGGUCACAUUCAUGGGUACUAAGGGUUAAGGAUAGGCUGUAUCUUUGGAGUACACUAUUCAGCCCACUACGGGGUGGGGCGGGGGUUUCUUCACUGGGGUGAUGGCACCCGUGAUGCAGCUGCCUAGCGGCAGCAUGCCAGCCCUCAGGUCCUGCCACCCAGGACUUGGGUUCAGAGAGAAGGCUUUGGCACUGGGGUGCUCCACCCAUUUGAGGCUGAUGAGUGCCUUCCCAAGCCAGUUGCCUUUCAUGUGCUUCAUCAGUGAGCUGGUCAGAAGGGGUACUCGGGCGGGUAGGCCGUGAGGUCAUCAGUGACCAGGGACACGGCACAUUUGGAAGGAAGAAGGGGAAGGACCCCACAUCUGAGGGAACACACUAGGAUCCUGGUGGUUCUGGGUUAGUGUUGGUGGCCACCCAUCUGCCUGUCUGCUCUCCCCACUGGUAGGGAAACAUUCUCCCUCAGACCACUGGCCGUUCUUGUGUAGUCUGCAGUGCUUGCUCUGCCCCGAAGGACUCAUGUUGACUGGGCACCCAGCCUGGCCCUCCGUGUCCGUUCUCCAGGUGAGAGCGCUGGACUGCCCUGCCUUUGCAGUUCCCUCCUGAGGCUACUAGUAGACAAAAUUCCAGACAAUUACGCAGCUGUUCUUGGGAGCAUGCACGCCCAUUCUAACCCAUUCCAAAUAAAAUGGAGACUUUUUUGUUUCAUUCACUUAGCAUGUGUUCAUUGGGUGGUGCAGUUAAUUCACUGACUGGUUGGAGGUUUGAGUCCACCCAGAGGUGCCUUAGAAGAAAGGCCUAAUGACCUACUUCUGAAACCGUAUGGAGCAUAGAUCUCUGACACACAGGAGGUAGUCAUGAGUUGCAGGUUGACUUACCAGCAUUUUUUUUUUUUAAUGUACCAGGCCCUGUGCUGUCUGCCAGGAAUAUGACAGUGAACCUCCUUCCUGAUGUCAUGGAGCUUCCAGCUCAAGGACCUCUGGGCACUAAGAAGCCCCUGUACCAUUUAUGGCAGGAAGUGUCAGGAAAGGCUUCCCAUGUCUCACGUGCCAGGCAGAGAGAAUAGCAAGCGCAGAAUUUGAGAGUUAGGGGAGGAGAAGCAUGGAUUUUGAGGAACUGAGGUGGCUUAACUGUUGACAAAUGCAAAGGGGAAGAGUGAUGAGAAGUGUGGCUGGUCAGCGGAGGCCACCCAAUGCACGGUGUUGAUAGCCUGCAGAGGAGUUCUAACCUUCAUCCUGAGGGCAGGGGGAUCCCCCUGGCAGAUUUCUGCUUCAGAACAAUCCCUUUGGCUGUU